CCGCGGCGUCCAAACGCUGCGUCUGGUUUUUCCCGCGAAAGGCGGCGGUGGACUGUCGGGGCUCUUGUCUCUUUGGUUCCAGGGAGCGCGGGAAGGGAGAGGUGCAGUCAUGUCGGGCUUCGACGACCCCGGCAUUUUCUACAGCGACAGCUUCGGGGGCGACAACGCGGCCGAUGAGGGGCAGGCCCGCAAGUCGCAGCUGCAGAGGCGCUUCAAGGAGUUCCUGCGGCAGUACCGAGUGGGCACGGACCGCACGGGCUUCACCUUCAAGUACAGGGAUGAACUCAAGCGACAUUAUAACCUGGGGGAGUACUGGAUCGAGGUGGAGAUGGAGGACCUUGCCAGCUUCGACGAGGACCUGGCCGACUACUUGUACAAGCAGCCGGCUGAGCAUUUGCAGCUGCUGGAGGAGGCUGCCAAGGAGGUGGCCGAUGAGGUGACCCGGCCCCGGCCUGCUGGUGACGAGGUGCUCCAGGACAUCCAAGUCAUGCUCAAGUCGGAUGCCAGCCCGUCCAGCAUCCGUAGCCUGAAGUCGGACACGAUGUCACACCUGGUGAAGAUCCCCGGCAUCAUCAUUGCCGCCUCUGGGGUCCGUGCUAAGGCCACCCGCAUCUCCGUCCAGUGCCGCAGCUGCCGCAACACCCUCACCAACGUUGCCAUGCGCCCCGGCCUGGAGGGCUACGCCCUGCCCAGGAAGUGCAACACGGAUCAGGCCGGGCGCCCCAAGUGCCCGCUGGAUCCAUACUUCAUCAUGCCGGACAAGUGCAAGUGCGUGGACUUCCAGACCCUGAAGCUGCAGGAGCUGCCGGAUGCGGUGCCCCACGGCGAGAUGCCCAGACACAUGCAGCUCUACUGUGACAGGUACCUGUGUGACAAGGUCGUCCCUGGGAACAGGGUCACCAUCAUGGGCAUCUACUCCAUCAAGAAGUUUGGCCUGACCACCAGCAGGGGCCGCGACAGGGUGGGCGUGGGCAUCCGGAGCGCCUACAUUCGGGUCCUGGGCAUCCAGGUGGACACAGAUGGCUCCAGCCGCAGCUUUGCUGGGGCCGUGACCCCGCAGGAGGAGGAGGAGUUCCGGCGCCUGGCUGCCCUCCCCAGCGUCUACGAGGUCGUCUCCAAGAGCAUCGCCCCCUCCAUCUUCGGGGGCACAGACAUGAAGAAGGCCAUCGCCUGCCUGCUCUUUGGGGGUUCCCGAAAGAGGCUCCCCGACGGCCUCACUCGCCGAGGAGACAUCAACCUGCUGAUGCUGGGGGACCCGGGGACGGCCAAGUCCCAGCUGCUGAAGUUUGUGGAGAAGUGCUCUCCCAUCGGGGUGUACACGUCCGGGAAAGGCAGCAGCGCGGCUGGCCUGACAGCCUCGGUGAUGAGGGACCCCUCGUCCCGGAACUUCAUCAUGGAGGGGGGAGCCAUGGUCCUGGCCGAUGGUGGGGUCGUCUGUAUCGAUGAGUUUGACAAGAUGCGAGAAGACGACCGCGUGGCCAUCCACGAGGCCAUGGAACAGCAGACAAUCUCCAUCGCCAAGGCCGGCAUCACCACCACCCUCAACUCCCGCUGCUCAGUCCUGGCUGCUGCCAACUCAGUGUUUGGCCGCUGGGACGAGACGAAGGGGGAGGACAACAUCGACUUCAUGCCCACCAUCCUGUCCCGUUUCGACAUGAUCUUCAUCGUCAAGGACGAGCACAACGAGGAGAGGGAUAUGAUGCUGGCCAAACACGUCAUCACUCUGCACGUGAGCGCACUGACACAGACCCAGGCCGUGGAGGGCGAGAUUGACCUGACCAAGCUAAAGAAGUUCAUUGCCUACUGCCGCGCGAAGUGUGGCCCUCGGCUGUCGGCAGAGGCUGCAGAGAAGCUGAAGAACCGGUACAUCAUCAUGCGGAGCGGGGCCCGUCAGCACGAAAGGGACAGUGACCGCCGCUCGAGCAUCCCCAUCACCGUGCGGCAGCUGGAGGCCGUCGUGCGCAUUGCUGAGGCCCUCAGCAAGAUGAAGCUGCAGCCCUUUGCCACGGAGGCGGAUGUGGAGGAGGCCCUGAGGCUCUUCCAGGUGUCCACGCUGGACGCCGCCUUGUCCGGCACCCUGUCAGGGGUGGAGGGCUUCACCAGCCAGGAGGACCAGGAGCUGCUGAGCCGCAUCGAGAAGCAGCUCAAGCGCCGCUUCGCCAUUGGAUCCCAGGUGUCGGAGCACAGCAUCAUCCAGGACUUCACCAAGCAGAAAUACCCGGAGCACGCCAUCCACAAGGUCCUGCAGCUCAUGCUGCGGCGGGGCGAGAUCCAGCAUCGCAUGCAGCGUAAGGUCCUCUACCGCCUCAAGUGAGCUGCGCCUUCCGCCGCAGGAAUGCUGUUGUCACCCCACCUCCACUUCCUUGAGCCCCCCACGCGCUCUGGACAGAGGGACCCCAGCUGCCCUGCCUCGCUGCGUCUGGCUUCUGCCUCAGCGUGCAGAUCCAGGAAAGGUGCUUUUGGAGUUUAUUGAAAUAAUAAAGCCGUGUUGUGUUUGGAUGUCUGUGGGCUUCUGCACUGGGUGGCCUGUCACCCCCAUCCUGCCCUCAUGCGGGGCAAGGACAGGCUUUGGAAUCUGACAGACCUGGGUUUCUGACCCACAUCUGCCCCUUGGGCUCCUGGGCAGGGCAUUCACCUCUGUGCUCAGGUUCUGCAGCUGCUCAGUGGGGAGGGUCCAGUCCACAUCUCGCCAGCACUGGUGAGAGUUCAGCAAGAUCCAGUGUGCGGAGGUGCUUGGGAAAGUCCGUAGCUGUUCCCCAGCAGCCAAUGUGUGGGUGACAGCCGUGGGUUUGCAUCAGACUGGAUUCACCGAGACUUGCCACGCCUCAGUUUCCUAAUCUGUAAAUGGGGGUGACACAGGGUUGAGUUUAGGAGAAGAGAGCUACUGGUAGUGAGUGUCCAGGAAGGACCAGCAUUGUGGGGAGACUGAUGGCAUUUGGAUUCAGGGAGGUGGAUUCUCACUGAGCCUUAGAGCAAAGUAGGUAAGAGAGGGGUGCUGGAAUUCAGUAGCCUGGAUCUCUCCUGGUGGGCCGCCUGCAAGCUGUGUGGCCUUGGGUGAGGCUCCUGACUUCUCUGGGCCUGAGUUUGGUUUUUUGUUUUUUUGGCUGGCCACAUGGCUUGCAGCAUAUCAGUUCCCUGACCGGGGAUUGAACCCGGGCCACAGCAGCGAAAGCCUGGAAUCCUAACCACUAGGCCAACAGGGAACUCCCAAGUUUGUUUGUUCUUUUUGAUAUGCUGUAAUUAAUUUUGCCAUUUCUUUCUUUCUUUUUUUGGUCUAGUUAGUGUCCGCCACCAUACAUAGUUACACACUGUUUUGUUGUUGUUGUCGUGAGAUCUUUUAAGAUCUAUUCUCUUGGUAACUUUCAAAUACCCAGUAUAUAUUAUUAACUAAUAGUCCCCGUGCUGUACAUUACAUUUCCAUGGCACAUCUUAUACCUGGAAGUUUGUACCUUUAAACCCCUUCCCUUGUGUGUUGUACCUUCCGGCCCCCUCCUCUUCCCGAUUCUGGCAACCGUCAACCUGUUCUCUAUCUCUGAGCUUGGCUUUGCUGCUGUUGUUGUUGUUUUAGAUUCCACAUUAUAAGUGAGAUCAUGCAGUACUGCUCUUUCUGCGUCUUGCUUAGUGUGCCUAAUACAAUGCCCUCAGGGUCCAUCCAUGGCACAAAUUGCAGGAUUUCCUUUUUUUUUUUUUUAAGGCUGAAUCAUAUUCUGUUGUGUACAUGCACCACAUUUUCUUUAUCUUUCCAUCUACUGAUGGACACUUAGGUUGUUUCCGUACCUUGGCUAUUGUAGGUAAUGCUGCAAUGAAAAUGGGAGUGCAGAUACGUUUUUGAGUUAGUGUGUGUUUUCUUCAGAUAAAUAUCCAAAAGUAGAUUGCUGGAUCAUACGGUAGUUCUAUUUUUAAUUCUCUGAGGAACCUCCAUACUCUUCCCUAGUGCCUGUACCAAUUUACCUUCAUACCAACAGUGCACAAGGGGAAGCUCCCUUUUCUCCACACCCUCACCAACACUUACUGUCUUUGCUAAUAGCCAUUCUAACAGGUGUAAGGUGAUAACCUCCUUAUGGUUCUGAUUUCCUUUUUCCUGGCAAUUACUGAUGUUGAGCAUCUUUUCAUGGACCUGUUGGCCAUCUGUAUGUCUUAUUGGAAAAAUGUUUAUUCAGAUCUACCCAUUUUUUAAAAUAUUUAUUUAUUUAAUUUUGGCUGUGUUGGGUCUUCGUUGCUGCGUGCGGGCUUUCUUUAGUUGCUGCGAGCGGGGGCUACUCUUCGUUGCAGGUGCACGUGCUUCUCAUUGCGGUGGCUUCUCUUGUUGCAGAGCACGGGCUCUAGGUGCAUGGGCUUCAGUUGUUGUGGUGCUCGGGCUCAGUAGUUGUGGCUCGUGGGCUCUAGAGCACAGGGUCAGUAGUUGUGGUACGUGGGCUCAGUAGUUGUGGCACAUGGGCUUAGUUGCUCCGCUGCGUGUGGCAUCUUCCCGGACCAGGGCUCCAACCUGUGUCCUCUGCGUUGGCAGGCGGAUUCUUAACCACUGAGCCACCAGGGAAGCCCAGUGCCAGUUUUUUGGUCAUUAUUUUGCCUAAUACUGAAAUACUAAUAUGAGUAUAUUUUGUUUUUAAAAAGGUAGAAUUCACAAAAUUAACAACAUAUCAGUGAAAUAAAAUAUUUGAUAUUUAAAAUACAUUUGGAAAUAGAAAACCUCAAGCAAAGCACGAAUGUACCAGUAUAUGUUAAACAUCUUAUUCUAAUAAAUUAUUAAAGUGUUUAAAAAUAACUACCAUAUAAAAAUGAAGACAAUCAUGAGAAACCCAAAGUAAGACGAUUUGAUUUUCCUAAAGACUUGAACAGGAAGACUUGAUGCCCCAGUGUGGUCAUUGCUGAAUCACAGUGUAUUUUUGUGCCACAAUUUCCAGCUGCUUCAAGCUCUCAGACGGCACCGUUGCGGGAAACGGAGAGAUGAGAAGGGCUAAAUCAGCUUUCCUCUGAUUCACUCGUGUUCAAAGCCCAUUUCUGCUUUGAUAAUUGGAGGAGAACCUUUCACACAGCGCUUUGUUGUCUUGUCUGGAUGCCGACCUUCCUAAGAGCAUCAGAGCAUUUCCGGUUCCUCUUUACCUUUCAUCUUGUUCAGCCGGAGACACUUGAGUGUUUGCUACAUUCAUUGCAGGACCCAUCCUUCUGUUCCUUUGUUUGAGGAGUGGGGGAGCCUUGACCCUGCAGCCGGGUUGGGUUUGCAUUUCUUGGGGAUGGAGAGGGAACUUUCUCCCAGGAAUAUGCUCACUGGAGGUCUCAGCCAGGGAGGGUUGGUGCCCAAAGCCAUGGAGACUGCAAAGCAGUGAUUUUCCAGCUCCAUCACCCCACAUUUGUAAGCUGGGAUGCACUUGUUCCCCCCAGCAGUCAUGGCUGCUGUUACUGUUACAGAUGGGGAAACUGAGGCUCGGAGAGGAUGGGUCACAGCGAGUGAGGGCGGGGUCAGGAUUCAGACCCGGCUGUGCUCUGAACCUGCCCACCACGCAGCCUCCUGGACCACAGCCUGGCGGAGGUGCCGGUCCAGGGGCAAGACCUCCCGGGCAUAGUCACUGUCCCCUGGGGCAGAUGGCCCGACUGUGGCAGGCGGAGGGCUGAGGGACCGGAUGGGGUGCGACUAGCUUGGCUGUGGCUGGUAGGGGCGGGAGUGGGGCUCAUGCUGAGAACUUGGACAGCUACAGGUCGUGGAGCCCCGAGCCUUCCAGGCAGAGGGGCUGUGAAGGUGGAAUACGUGGGCAUUUGGGGAAGCCGACGGAGCCUCCACAGAGACUGGAGGGAGGAGCAGGAAGGCUGUGUGGAUGCAUCCAGGGUGGGAGCAAUGCGGGACUGGGCCCAGGGUCUUGGUGAAGUCUGAGCAGAAGGGUCCUGGCCCAGGUUGGGUCCGUCCCAGGCAGCUCCCUCUCCUGAGACCUCACUGCUCUCAGAUCUCUCCCUCCCCUCGCCCAAGGAGAGCUCUCCUGCAGACUCCUCCACUGGGCAAGUCCCGUAAUCUCUCACCUCCCUUUUCUCAUCUGUAAGAAGGAGGUGACAAGUAGUCUUUCCCUCCUGGGGUGGCUAUGAGGACGCAUGAGGUGACCGAUAUCCCAUCGGGCCUGUGCCUGGUACAGAGGAGGGGAUCCCAGGAAGGGCUGGGCAUCUGUGGUUUUCUCUGCCUCUGGCUUCUGCAUUCUGUCUCCACCUUUUCCUACCCAGAUGGCUGAGCGCCUCUCCUGGCACCCUUGUCCCCCACCCAUCCCCGGUUGCUGUGGGUCUUUGAACUUCUGUUUCCACUAAGAGAACCACCCUGUACCCCAUCUCCAGUCCAAAAUUCAGGAGAAAUAGCAUGAGUGAGGAGAGAGCUGAUGAGGAUCUGUGACUGAGGCCCUCUGCCCGUGGUCUGGAGACUGACACCGCUGCAGUUGCCCUUAGUCACAUACGGCUUAACUUAUACCCACAGUGGGAACCCUCAACGUGAUCUUCCCCUGUCAGUUCACACGCACUGGAUCAGACGUCUUACGGUGCAGAUGUGCUCAAGACCCAUAUUAUAAAGGAAAGUGUAGUGAAGGUUAUGUGAGUUUGGCUUUUUUUGCAUUGGAAAUAAACAGAGUCCCCACUUGAAAUGUGUGAUUUUUGAGAAGUGCUUGUGAGUAGCAGCCUAACGCAUUCUCUACUCUUUAAGAAAUAAAACCACAAAAAAUACUGGAUUUAAAAAAAAUACUAGAGACAAGCAUUCCAUCUAUCAGCUCAUGAAAGGAGUUUUUAUAUUUUGGGAUGCCAUAACAAAUUUAUGUAUUUAAACAUAAAAGUAUGUAUGUCAGUUUUGUAUUUGACAAUAAAUGAUGUAAAUGGAA